GGAGGGGCUGUGGCGGGCAGUCACGAGGCCUCCUCAUCAUGGCGGGUCCGUGAACCGCGCGCGCAGCCAGCGCGACAACCCUGUCAACGCGCGAGAACAUUUUGCUCCCUCCUGACUCCGCCCCUUGAACUCCUCCCUCCCUUCUCCCCCCCCUGCUUUCUCCCACCAGAUCCACCAGCCAAACUAGGCCGAAGCAGCGAGUGGAGGACCCAGGGGGAGCCGCCGCCGCCCAUCGCCCUCCCGGAGGCAGCCUGCAGGGUCGGCCUUGCCGGGGCCCCAAGCCGAGCAGCCGCCAUGCAGAUUACUCUGAAGACGCUGCAGCAGCAAACCUUCAAGAUAGACAUCGACGGCGAGGAGACGGUAAAAGCAUUGAAAGAGAAGAUUGAAUCAGAAAAGGGGAAAGAUGCUUUUCCUGUAGCUGGCCAAAAAUUAAUAUAUGCAGGUAAAAUUCUUAAUGAUGAUACUGCUCUUAAAGAAUACAAAAUUGAUGAAAAGAACUUUGUGGUGGUUAUGGUGACAAAACCCAAAGCAGCAGCUACUCCAGCUCCAUCCCCAGCUGCAACACAGCAGUCCAGUGCUACUACCACAACUGUUAGUUCUUCUACGAUAGCUGCUGCAGCCCCCACACCAGCACCUGUCUCAGCCCCUGCUCCAGUUUCAGCUCCUGCACCAGUUGCUCCAACACCAGCUGCAGUGGCUUGUGAACCUGCGCCAGUAAGUGCCCCUGUAGAAGAAGAGAAACCAGCAGAGAAGCCAGUAGAAACACCAGCUGCCACAAGCCCAACCUCUACAGAUAGUACAACAGGUGAUACUUCACGAUCAAAUCUCUUUGAAGAUGCUACUAGUGCACUUGUUACAGGUCAGUCCUAUGAAAAUAUGGUGACUGAGAUCAUGUCAAUGGGUUAUGAGAGAGAGCAAGUAAUUGCUGCAUUGAGAGCCAGCUUCAACAAUCCUGACAGAGCGGUGGAAUAUCUUCUAAUGGGUAUCCCUGGCGACCGAGAGAGUCAAGGUAUGACUGAUCCUCCUCAGGCAGCUAGUACUGGUGCUUCUCCAUCCUCAGCAGUGGCAGCAGCGGCAGCAACUACAACUACUACUACUACAACUACAACUAGCUCUACAGGAGGACAUCCACUCGAAUUUUUACGGAAUCAGCCUCAGUUUCAGCAGAUGAGACAAAUUAUUCAGCAGAAUCCAUCUCUCUUGCCUGCGCUGCUACAGCAAAUAGGGCGGGAAAAUCCUCAGUUACUGCAGUCCUCCCAUGCACCACAGCAAAUAAGCCAACACCAAGAACAUUUUAUUCAGAUGUUAAAUGAGCCUGUUCAGGAGUCGGGUCAAGGGGGAGGUGGCAGCGGUGGUGGAGUAGCUGCUGAAGCUGGAAGCCGUCACAUGAACUAUAUUCAAGUAACACCUCAGGAAAAAGAAGCUAUAGAAAGGUUAAAGGCACUAGGAUUUCCUGAAGGACUUGUGAUACAAGCAUAUUUUGCAUGCGAGAAGAAUGAAAAUUUGGCAGCCAACUUCCUUCUACAACAGAACUUUGAUGAAGAUUGAAAGGGAGAGACUUUUAAAAAAAAUCUCACAUCACACCAGUGCAUUACACUAGCUGUUCACUGGAUUGUCUGGGAUACUUGGGCUCCUAUCCAUGAUACUUGGUAUAAGGUUUUUGUUUUGGGGGGGGAAGGGGGAGGGAGGGAAGAGGAAACUCUUGAAAGGAUAUGAGGAAAGAUGAGCACAUCUGCUCUAAAUCAGAUCAAAAGUGUAAAAUACUAUACAACCAAAAAUCAGCUUUUUUGCAGAUAUUUAGUUCCUUCUAUGAAAUGUUUAUUUCCCUCCCAAGUUUUCACUCUUUUAGUGUACUAGUUCCCAAAAUUAGUGUGGUGCCCUGCUUUGUUUCUUUUUAAUUAACAUUGGUCUUGGAGAUAGCCUUUGCUACCUAGAAUCGACAGUCUGUAUUUCAUGGUAACACUGGAUAAUGGCUUUGUAAAUUGAAAGGAAAAAUAUAUAUUUGAGCAACAGUAAAACAUUAAUGCCAAAAAUGUAGGUGGUGGGGUUUUUGCUGUUUCAGACAUAUCUAACUGCAAGAGACCCAUUAUUCCACAUGAAGUGCUAGAUUUAAAAUUAUUCAAAUUUAAAACCACUCAUUGUUUUAGAUUAUUGAUAAUUGAUUGUGAGAGAUCUUUUCCUACCCCCCCCCUUCCAUUCUUCCUUUUAUAAUCUAAAUGGAGAGGCUAUAUAUACAUACAGGAAACAUUACACUUUUUUCUUUUGGAAAAAUACUACAAGAUAACCUAAUAUUGAAUACUUCAAUGUAAGGUUACAGUAAAAAUAAAAAUUAAAGCAACCUUUGCAUGUUUGGGUUUGAUGUAUCCCUUUUUGUGAAUUGAGCACUUUUUAUUGCCAAUGAAGAAAAUAUAAACUCUCUCCAUUCUAGUGAAAGUAUUUAUGAAGAAAUCGGUUCCAUUCUACCUAUAUUUUUGUUUAAAGCAAAAUUGAUCUGAUGAAUACAGCUGCAAGUAUUUCAAAACUAGGUGUCUUAAAUGCUUGUAAUCUUAUAGUUUUCAAUCUCUGGGACUCUAAAGGAUAUUGUCAUUUGUAUUGCUUUAAGAAGGACUGUAAUGCUCCAGUAACUUGCCUUCUCUUCUGUUUAAAAGCAUUGUGAAAAUAUUUUGCUCUUGAAGAGACGUUCAGAAAUGGGACAAUAGAUGAACAAUCACGUUAUUGGAUCCUUGAAGAUUAUGCACAUCCCUUUACUUCCUAUUAAAAGUAACAUCUAAUUGUAAA